CUGAAUCAUCCGGUGUUUAAUUCCACUGAAAAUAAGAAAAAUUCUUAGAAUUCUCUCUGUUAGCUAUAGUAUUAGCUAGUGAUGAUGAAGAAAAUGGAGCUUAUUUUUGUCCCUGUCCCAGCCAUAGGACACCUUGUAUCAACUGUGGAGUUUGCUAAGCUUCUUGUUGGUAGAGAUGACCGCUUUUCAGUCACUCUGCUCAUCAUGAAGCUACCCAUGGAGCACUCGGCGGUAACUAACUAUAUCCAUUCAGUUUCUGCUUCCUUAUCCGGGUCCAUUCGAUUUGUUCACCUUCCUGAACCCGACUCAGAUUCAUCCAAUUCUAACCCAUCAUCGUCAUCCCCUAGUGUCUUCUUCCAUAAUAUCAUUGCAAAGCAGAAGCCUCUUGUGAGGGAUGCAGUCCACCAGCUCACUCGGUCUGAGUCGGGUCAACUCGCUGGGAUUGUGUUUGAUAUGAUUUGCCCUUCCAUUGUAGAUGUAGCUAAUGAAUUGGGUGUUCCUUCCUAUGUGUUCUUCACGUCCAGUGCGGCCUGCCUUGCUCUCCUCAUAGUUCAAAGUCGCGGCCAAGCUGGGCCUGAAUGGUGGGCGACGGUGGCGGCAUUGCUGAACAUCGAUGAUAACAGCAGUCCGGCGACUCUGCUCUUGAUGUUGCUCAGUUCCAUCUCCGGCAGGAACUUGGGCGAUCCGAACAAGCAGGCGUGCUUCUUCGACCUCGCCGACAACUCCAAGAUGCAGGAUUCUAACUCUACCCUGGCUCUCCUGUUUCAUCUUCAAACCCUCAAGGACCACCAGGGCGUGGAUGUUACUGAGUUUGCUGACUCGGAUGCUGAGUUGGUGGUCCCGGGUUUUGUCAACUCGGUUCCUGCUCGAGUCUUGCCUGCUACGGCGGUGGACAAGGAGGGUGGCGGAUCCAUGGAUUUCCUCAACCGGGUAAGGAGGUUUAGAGAGGCCAAGGGUAUUUUGGUAAAUACGUUUGUGGAGCUAGAAUCUCAUGUGAUUAACUCCUUUGUCGAUGGUACAACUCCUCCCAUUUACACAGUGGGGCCGUUAUUGAACUUACAUAAUGCCAAUCACCAGAAACAAGAUAGUGACUUGGAUGUCAUCCAAUGGCUUGAUGAUCAACCCACAUCAUCUGUGGUGUUUUUAUGUUUUGGCAGCGUUGGAGCAUUCCACAUGGAUCAAAUCAAAGAAAUUGCAAUUGGGCUUGAGAAUAGUGGGCAUCGUUUCUUGUGGACGCUCCGACGACCUCCACCAAAAGGUAAGAUCGCAAUGCCUACUGAUUAUGUGAAUUUCGAGGAAGUACUACCUGAAGGGUUCUUAGAUCGUACAUCUAAAAUUGGAAAGAUAAUUGGAUGGGCACCACAAACGGCUAUUUUAGCUCACUCUGCAAUAGGAGGGUUUGUAUCUCAUUGUGGGUGGAAUUCUACAUUAGAGAGCAUAUGGUAUGGCGUCCCGGUAGCUACAUGGCCUAUGUAUGCAGAACAACAAUUGAAUGCGUUUCAAAUAGUAAAAGAGUUAGAAAUAGGGGUAGAGAUCAGAUUAGAUUAUAAAAAGGAUACUAGUGAUAUUGUAAAUGCUCAAGAAAUUGAGAGUAGAAUAAGAAGUUUGAUGGAGGAUAGCAAUGACAUAAAAACAAAUAGGGCAAAGAUGAAAGAAAAGUGCGUGACAGCCCUAACGGAAGGUGGAUCUUUAGAUUCUAGCUUACAACGUCUAAUUGGAGACAUGAUAACUAAUAUCUCAUGAAGCAAUGUUUUAUCAAAGAAAAGUUAUAAGUUGUUAAAAAUGCUUAUUUCAAUUGCCUUUUAAUAAUAUAUUGGUUGAGUGUCGUGGAAAGGUUGAUUCAACUAUUUACUUAUUUUAAAUAAAAAUAAGCGUAACAUAUGUUAUGUCUUGUGUAACAAUUUUAUUUUAAUAUUAGGUGAUGUAUCAAAUCCAAA